CAACGUCACUUGACUUGGCCAUUUUUAGUUACCUGCCAUUUUGUAUCUCACAGCCUGGUCAAACGAAGUUGGUCGUUAACGAAGAGGAAAGCGAAUAUGCUAAUGCUCACUUCAUUUUUAAAUUUGCACCCUUACUCAAAGUAUAUUAAACUUUGACUUGUUUUGGAUAGGUAGCGUUAUUCGUGGUCGAUUGAGUGCAUUUCUUGUAAUCAGAGAGUUGGUCGUCCAGUCAGUCUGAUCUUGUUUACCGUUAGCUGUAGCAGUAGAGCUAACGCUAACAGCUAGCUUAGCUAGCGAAAAAACUGUUCUAGCGUUGGCUUUCUAACGCUAAGUGUAGUCCUUGGCGAAAUGGCGGCCAAUACGACACAAGCAACCCCCGCAACUAACUGGUCCUACGGUGCUGCUGGAGACGGCCAGGUUCAUGAAAACCCAGAAUGGGAGAAGGCAAGACAAGCACUUGCUUCCAUUAACAAGAGUCAGAACUCUGCUAAGACUACACAAGCCACCCGGACCACAGCAGAGACCAGUCAGUUUCAGCCAGCAGUCACUGACUCUGCUGCCAUUCAGCAGCAGCAAUACUAUCCGUGGUACCAGCAAACUCAGCAACAUUAUCCUGGAUACACGUACCCCUAUAACUACUACUAUCCCAUGGGUCCAUAUGGAGCUGCAUAUCCACCAAAUCAGUAUGCUGUACCCCCAGGCCCUUACUCAGGAACUCCAGCCUCUAAUGGACAGCCUCCUCCAGUUCCUGGAAUGGAAGACCAGUCCCCCAGCUACCCAUCUCAACCCCAGCCCCCUCCCCCUGCUACUCCACAGCCACCCCAGAGCCCAACCACCUCAGAGAACCCCCCUCCCCCUCCACCCCCACCUAUUCCUCCCCCACCCAACUCCCAGUACCCCCUUCCUCCAUCACCAAAUGCUUACAGUGCCAGUAACUCCCUGUCGUACCCACCAGGCGACCCUAGCCAAAUGCAAGUUUACAAUCAUUCCCAGGGAAGGCCCACCUAUGGACAGGGAUUCCAGGCCCAGAACACCUAUCAGCCCUCUCAGAACACUUCCCAACAGCAACAGCAGCCAGCCCAGUAUGUACCAGGGCUUGGCAGAGGAGACGCCAACAAAAACAAAAACCAGAAGCAAGGACAGCAACUGUGGCACCGCAUGAAACAGGCACCUGGGGCAGCUCCUGUGAAGUUCAAUAUUCCCAAGAGGCCCUAUCAGGUUCAGUGUUCUCCAAUUUCCAAUCAGACAUUCCCUCCAGGGGAGCAGCCCUCAGGAAUGAAUGCAACUCCUUCCUCCCCAGCUAGUGCCAGUGCGGCACCCAGUGGUGCUCAGACCCGACCCCAGGACUGGCCCCAAGCCAUGAAGGAAUAUGUGCAGCGCUGUUUUACAGCCUGUGAGACAGAGGAGGACAAAGAUCGUACAGAGAAGGUGUUGAAGGAAGUUCUUCAGGACCGUUUAAAAGAUGGCUCUGCUUACACCAUUGACUGGACUCGUGAGCCAUUGCCUGAUCUAAAGGUCAAGCAGUCUCGAUGGGAAGCUGUUCCACCCCAGAGGUCAUCAGAUGGCACAAUUAGCCGUGGUGGAAGCACAGCAGCUGCACCGUCCAGAGGCAGGGUUGGACACAGACUGGGCCAUUACAGGAAUAUAUUUUCUCAAAGGAGUCCAUCUUCUAGCUCCUCCUGUUCCUCCUCCCGCUCUCCUUCCCCCUCCCACGGCCGACACAGAGACCGCAGCAGCCAAAGGCAUAGACGCAGUGAUUCUGGCUCACAGUCAGACAGCAGCAUCUCCAGUGACCUCCGACCUCAGCUGUCACGACGGAGCCAGAGAGGAGCACGUGGUCGCGGUAAUGACAGGGACAGAGGACGUGGUGGUGCGGAGAGAGGACGUGGAAGAGGAGGAAAAGCCAAUAGAGGAAGGCGAAAUUUUGAAGAUUCCAGUUCAACUGUUGGAAAGAAGAGGAAAGGUGGCAAUGCUGGUAUGGAUUUCCAUGACCCAAACAGAGAAGCCAAGAAGCAGAACAGAGCAGCUCGUUUUCACAAGCAGCUUCGCUCAGAGCCCCUGGUUCUGUCCAUCAGUGCCUUGGAUUUACCUGAUGGAACACAGGAGGGCCUCAGCUGGGAGGAUUGCCCCAUCGUGGGAACAUGCCAGGACAUCACCAAGUCCUACCUGAGGCUCACCUGUGCCCCGGACCCAUCCACUGUGCGCCCUGUGCAUGUCCUAAGAAAAUCUUUGCAGGCUGUGAAAGCUCACUGGAAAACCCACCAGGAUUACGUUUAUGCCUGUGAACAGAUGAAGUCCAUACGACAGGAUCUCACGGUCCAGGGAAUUCGUACUGAUUUCACGGUGGAAGUGUACGAGUGUCACGCACGCAUUGCUCUCGAAAAGGGAGAUCAUGAGGAGUUCAACCAGUGCCAGACCCAGUUGAAGGCCCUGUAUAAGGACAAUCCUUCAGACAACAUUGGAGAGUUUACAGCAUAUAGACUGCUGUAUUACAUCUUCACUAAAAACUCUGGAGAUUUGACCACUGAGUUGGUGUACUUGACGCCAGCGCUGCGGGCAGAUGAGUGUGUGGCACAUGCGCUCGCUCUCCGUGCAGCCUGGGCAUUAGGAAACUAUCACCGUUUCUUUAAGCUGUACCUGGUAGCCCCGCGCAUGGCUUCAUAUCUCAUUGACAAGUUUGUAGAGAGGGAAAGAAAGGUUGCACUUCGGGCCAUGGUCAAAACGUUCAGGCCUGACUUGCCGGUGCAGUAUGUGCAGUCCAUUCUGGGCUUCUCUUGUUUAGACUCCUGUAUGGCCUUUCUUACUGGGCUAGGGGUCACUUUUACACCUUCUGACCCCCAAAAGAUAGACUGCAAAACCAGCACGGCCUCUUUGGCUGCCUCCUGAUGGGGAGUGGGGGUUUAGCAUGAUUAAGGGAGAUGCUAGGGGACCAUUGUGGAUCCUUACAUAUACAAUGCACUGCACUUCAGACACCUCAGCCAGUUCAGACAGACUAGAUGGCAGAUUUACAACUGUUGAAGACCCAUAUAGAAAGAAAGAUACAUGCAGACUUCAGAUCUAAUUCUCUAACACUCAGAUAAGAACUGUUUUAAACAUGAGGAGUCUGCUCAUGCUGUCACUCAAAUAUUGUAGGGUAGCCUAAUACCUAAGAUUUCUCACUACAUUAAUAAUGCCAGAAAAGUGAGUGAACAGUUUAGAUGUGGGGUUAUGUAAUCGCAGCACUUACAGGCCAAGAGGACCAGGUCAGGAAGGCAUUCACCCUCAUGGUUCCUGUUCCUUUACAUCUCCAACCGAUGUCAAAGCUAACAGUGUUCUGUCAUGUUUUUUCCUUCCUCAAGUCAGCAGCUCCAAGACCUGAAGUUUCAAGCCUUGUCAAGCAAAAGGGAAAUACAGACAACUGGUAUUCAAGUCAUUCUUCCAGCGAUCUCCUGUCUGAAUUCGAGCCCACAGAAUCUAGUCGGCUUUACAUUUUCUUAAAGACUGUGAGUCAACAAGGAGAGAAGAUGCCAGCAGUUUGGCUGAAAGAAGUGGUGGUUUGUAUGUUCUGCCCUGCAUCUGGUUUCCUCAAGGUAUCUACAGUAAGCUGUUUGUCCUGUUCCUUCUCCCCAGUUCUAUGGCCCGUAUAAAGCAAUUGACUGAAGUCUUGUUCCUUGUUUAAUUAAGGAGUAUGCAUUCGCUGGUCACAGUCAUGAAAUGGUUGACCAGCUCUGGGAGAAAGUCUCAAUCCCAUGAGCAUGGACUUUGUAUGUGAUAAAGGAUAGAGCCUAGCUUUCUUCAUCAAGAUGAUCUCCUCACUCCUAUAUGCCCUCCAAGCCGACCUCCAUCUCCCAAAUCAAAGCAGCAAGAGGAAGAGAGGGAAUCUGCUUCCACCAUCCUCGGGUAGAAGUUCUGCCAACCCCUGGAACCCAGUACAUCCCGAUCAACACAGCAGUGUGCAGUGAUCAAAUCUGUUUUCCAUCCUCAUCUUAACCUCAGCUGUUCUUCGGAAGAAAAGCAGGCCUGCUAAGCUGCAAUCAUCAAAUACAGCUGCAGGGCAAUACAACAUUGAGCAUCUGUGAGAAAUCUGCUUCUUCAAGAGGGAAUAACAAGUGGUUUGUAUACUACAUUUGGCACUAGUGUUUGCAAGGCUGGUAAGCGAAAGGGACUUCUCUGGAAGAGGGUGGAUGAUGUCAAAGCAGAGAUGUUGCAUCACAUUUCCCGUGAGUUAAAUUUGUCAUGUCUUACGGUUUUUGGACAGCAGUAUUGGUGUUUAUCUGGACAACAGGAAAAAAAAAGAAUUAUGGAGGUGAAAAACAGCUUUUCAUGAAAACUUCCAGGUUGAUAUCGAAUAUGUGAAUUAAAUAUAACAAAUUUGAUGACAUCCUAAAAUGGUAAAUAUGUAGUCGGUAAGAUACCCAAAAUUUUACUGCACAGAUACACACUGCUGUCUAAAUGUCUUUGGUAAAGUAUUUAAAUCAAAGCAUUUUAAAACUGGCCGUACAUUUAUAAAGAGGGAGUGACCAGUGCUUUUGUAUCCAUUUUUCAGUAGUUACGAUAAAACUUUGUAGAAUUAAAGCUGCUGUUGUAGCCUCAUUCAAGUCUACAGAAAUUAACAACCCAAAAUCAAAAGGCAGUGGAGUUGCAGGGAGUCCUCUCAGAUGUGAUUUUGGUCUGUUUAUCUCCAGGAGGUCUGUGCUUUUCAGGACUAAGAUUAAUAUUGAUGGUGGUGCACAGUCUUAUGUGAUAAUUGGGAAAAAUAUUUAUUCUAAAAUAUGAAAUUCUAGUGGUUAGAUUGCAAAGAUGUCGGGAAGUGUGUCCCUAACCAAUGCAACCUUUAACUACACAUCUUAGAAUGAUUGUGCUGAAAUUUGUUGACGCUGUCCCUCUUAACUUUUUUAAAAACAGUAUUUAAGAUUGUGGUGUACUUGACCACAACUCAAGUAGAUGCAGUCUCGCUGUACAAUCAGUGUGUUUACUUGUCUACACAGUAUAUUUUUGUAAAUAUUGUAUGAUAUUAUUGUGCUUUCUUUUCAAUUAGUACAUAGUGGAGUUUUUUUUCACACACGGGUAAGUGUGAUGUUUUUGUUUUUUUUCUUUUGGUUUGUUUUUUCUGGAUUUUGCAAAACUCUUCUUACACCGUAUAUGUGAAUGUGUAAACGUAAAUGCAGACAGGCCUGGGUUGGGAUGUCUCUAAUGUCUUCAUCGUCAUAUAUCAUUGCAGUGAAUGUAAUGGUGGGGUUGAUUGCCAGUGAUAGGAUAAACCUGACUGGUAAAUUUCAGGCAAAACCGCAUUUGUGUCACUUGCCUGUUAUAUGGCAGUUUUGUGUCAAACAAAGCUGGUAUAUACUCGGUGACGAAUGGGGCCACCAUUUCCAAACCCACAAAUUGUUUUGCUGCCCACUAAAAGAAAUAUUUCCAUCAAGUUGACAAAAUGCUCUUGUAAACCUGGAUUUGUUCUCCAAACUGUUCAUUUUUUUCAGAAAAUGUUUUGUAAUGACUAUGAUCUCAACAUGUCUUCUUUCUUCCCCCUUCAUUUACCUGAUCCCCUGUCCUCUUUGCUAUUCCCUCCCCUGACUCCCCAAACCUUUCUCUCACACACCACCAGACUUCCCAUUCUUCAGCUCGUAGAACUGCUGCAUUUGCAGGAGCACACGGAGUGAUAAGUGGGCGAACCUCCUCCAGACGCCAGCCAGAGAGGGUGAAUUGUGAGAAAUCCAAGUCUCUCUUGGUUUGACCCACUGAAGUUGAAGCCAUACAGCUGAUAAAAUACAUGGGAGCCUCACAUAAUGAAAUAUGGAAAAUGUUGAUCUGCUGCUAAUGAGAUUUGCUGCUUACCAAAAUAUUUAAAAAGUCUUUAUGUGCAACAUGAUACCUGUUUAGUUUAAAAGGAAAAAAAAAACAUGUUUAAUGAUUGACAGUCGCCAUCUACUGUGGUUUUCUGUUUGUCCAGAUGCAUUCAUAUUUUUGUAAAACACUAAAGUUGUUUAAUGGUAAAGUUUGACAUUUAGUUUAUUCCCCCUUUACACUCUUAUUUAUUAAUUGUUCAGAAUCAUUUGGCUUAUUUUUGCUGGCAGACCCGACGGACUUGAUUGAGUCAGCUGCAGUAGAACCUGGUUUUAAAAGUUUAGUCCCGCAUCUAAAAAUGUGUCUGAACAUACAGAACAUGUUCCUAUCCUCAAAAUUCACCUACAUUUAUUAACACUUUAUAUUUUUUUUAGUAUGCAGUCUUCUUUAGGCAAAGUUUUCUUAUUUAACAAGUGCUGAUGUGUGCUCCCAUGCUAAGGAAUUAAGGUUUUGGUUUCUUCACGUGAUGAGGUUGACAUGGUUGUUUGCUGCCCUUGGUUUGUGUAAAUGGAAGAUUUUUUUUAUUAUUAUUAUUUUUAAACACCUGGUUAAAGUAUGUACAUCUGGUGUCUCAGGUUUCCAGCACUGAAACAGGAUGUUUGCUGUUAUCUUUUUAUUUUUAUUUUUUUUUUUUAAGUAGACAAUUUCACCCCAGAAAACUAACAAUACACAUUUUCAUUUUGGAUACUUGUUUAUUUCUCUUCGAUGCCUGAGUUAUAUUUUCAGUAUUUGUUUGCUCCCAUUUUACUGUGUACCUCCAUCAGUCCUUGUAAAUUCUUUCUUGAUAUUUGACACUGGAUCAGCUCCCACGUCCCUCACUCAAGCUGUGUUUGUUUCCUGCCAUUUCUCUUUAACUCGUCUUCAUUUUCUGUUCUCACUUUCCUUUUCUCCCCCUGCAUGCUGUCCUCUCCUCUCUUUCCUCCUCUCGUCCCACAAAUCUAACCAGUAUUUUUUUCUAUUCUCAGUCUUAGCCCCCCCCUUUUAUGUUCACUAUGUUUGUGACCGUUUGCCAUGUGCAACUAGUCACUCCAAGUAGUAAGUAUUUUGUCUGCAGUGCUUUAAUAGUUUUAUGUUGCAGCUCACUAACAACUGAAGCUGAAGGUUUAUCUGCAAUGCCUCCUUCCUAUCCUCGUACCUCUACAGACCUGACAUGAUAAACUGCCAUUUUGUAAAUUGUGUAGAUAUUUUGAAAAAAAAAUCUAAUAAAAUUCAAGUAUAAAGGGCA